GCGGCGUUAGGUAGCGAUCGUUGAUUCCUCUAACCUUCUGUCUCUCCACCCUUGGAUUCCGGACAGCCUUAGAUACGGAAUCUCUCUAAGGUUUUGCACUUUAUACUAUUUUCGGCCCUUUUUUUUUUGUUUGUGCGCCAAGUCGAGCCCGCGUUGAGGGCCUUUUUGGGUGCCUUCCCUUACAUGCGAGCCUCGGAGCUACUGGCCUAUCUCGGGUUAACAGCAAAGCAACAAGCACUAAAUCCGUCCCUACCUGGCCUUAAUACUAGGUACAGUACCUAAUAAGGGACCUCUCUGGGGAAGCUGCCUAUCCACCUCCCAGCAUUUUAACGAAGCACAUCUCCGACCACAGCCAUCCCGUCCGACAACUUCCCGUCGCCGCCGUCACGUUGUGUAACCGGCGUGAUCCCGGCAGCUCGUACUCCGAGCCCAUCUCCCGCAAACGACGCAGUGUUUACGAGGAAGCAGGCAUUCCACAAUCCCCCGACACCGUGGCCGAGCAGAAACUAGCGCACUUCACCGCUCAGGCCGACGAGGAGCUCCUCCAAACACCCGACUUCCAGGAUUCACCAUUCCGUCAGCGCUCCCCGCCGCCGCAGUAUCCUGCCUCCGAGGCCUCGGGCUCCUCAGCCUUUCGGCCACCACCCUCCUUUUCGUCGCUCUUUCCUGCCCAGGACAACGAAGCCGCGGAAACCCUCCAGGAGCCUUGCGAGCCGUACAGACACCCGGACGACGGAGUCACUGACCAAGAAGCGGCCGCUUCUGCCUCUUGCCUCGCGGCCCCAGCGUAUGCGCCUGCUGUCGACCAAGUAGAGACCGGGUCGUCAAACAGCGCGUCUGCAGUCCGGCAACUCCAGGACGAGACCAAGCGCGCGCUCCCGCAGGAUACCAAGGGAGGCAGCGCCAAGGACGAGGAAACAGAGCCGCCGCCGGCGUAUUCGGAGGGAACCAGCCCCCUCCACUCCUUCACAUACCUCAUGGCUGCCGCAGGAGGAGCCGCGAGUAUCAUCACCCAGGUGCAGCAGGGCGGCCCGCCGCUCAAUCCCCUCGGAGAUGUGCCUGGGGACGAGACAAUCGUGAUGGAUCUGCGGGGCACCCGCUUUAAGCUGUCCCGAGACGAACUGUUAACACUACCGGAGUUUGUCCUGCUAUCACUCUUCCCCAAUGGCCUCUUUCCUGAGGGGCACAUGGGUGGUGGGUUCUCGGAAGGAGAUGCCGUUCAAGUCGACUACGACCCGGCGUCACUGCAGUACAUGCUGGACUUCUUCCGGAACGUGGCGCAAAGUAUCCCAACCGAGCCCAGCAACGGGCAAGAGGGCGCCGACGGCCUGGUGUCGUUCGACCCGUCGGCUCGGGACGAGAGCAGCCGGCGCGCGGGCAUCAUCGUGCUGCGCGAGGACCUUGACUUCUACGCAAUCCCACCCAAGCAGGACAUCGAGCAGCCAGAGAUGAUCGAGGUCAAGCGGGCGGCCGCCCGGGCGCUCCUCAAGCAGGACGGCAUCUUCAGCGGCCUCAAGAAGAGCGACGAACCGGGAACGACCGAGGCGCACCUCAUCGAGAUGUUGACGGCGGGCGGGUUCAAUCACGACGACCGCUGGGGCCACCGGGCUCCCGAGCCCAACAAGGCUGUCAUCUGCUCGCUGGCGCUAGCGCGCCUUCGCUCCGACAUCCGCGGCAACGAAAUGGGCAGCGGCGCCGUCGGCAUGGCCCAGAAACUGCUGCUCUUCUGGCGCAAACCUGCCCGCCGCUGCUGGUGGGAGGGCGUGGAGCUCGAGAACGUCGAGGGCCUGCCCGCCGGCACCAAGCUCAAGGUCUGGAUCCGCAGGGUCUGGACGCUCGAGAUGAGCGUCAUCGGGCUGCGUUAGGCAGGUUGGUAGGUAGUACUGAGGGAAGUGGUAGCUGCUGUGUUGUUUGGGACAAACAUACCACGCGUCUGGGAAAUGAAGGGGACACACACAUUCUGCUACGUCUUCACAGCGCCCGCUACCUUUUGCUUGUCAUCAUUUCUUUGCUUUGUCGUUUCGUUUUCACGUCCGCCAGAGGACUUUCCUUGGUGUUCUUUCUUCCCCCUUUCCUCUCUGCA